AUGUCAGCGCACACCCAGCACUCACAUGAACGCCACGUGGCACUGCUGCAGUACCCAACAUCACUGAGCCGACAGCCCCUGCCUCCACGCAAAGCGAGCAGCCGGCAGGCGGAGCACUCAGCUCUGCUCCAUGAGAAUCCAUUUUUUGUCUCUUCUCAUCUCCCAGAUUUCCUUCCUCUGAAAUGUGACGCGUGUGGAGAAGUCUUCUGUAAGGACCACAUCUGCUAUGAUGAGCACAGCUGUAGCUCUGCCUGCAAGGCAGAUGUGCAGGCUCCUGCGUGUCCACUCUGUAGAGCACCUGUCCCUGUACAGAAGGGUGAAGUACCAGGUAUUGUGGUUGGAGCCCACAUGGAUAAGGACUGCAAAUACAAUCCAGGACAGCAAAAGAUCUUCACAAACAAAUGUUUAAAGCCAGGCUGCAAAAGGAAAGAGAGGAUGAAAGUAGUUUGUGAGCAGCGUGGUGGCAACUUCUGCAUAAAGCAUCGGCAUCCUCUGGAUCAUGACUGCAAAGCAAGCAGCUGCCCCAUCUCCAAGGCUGGAUCCCCAGCUCUGAUGCGAGCCUCUCAAACUGCCUUCAAGUCAACGGGAGCAAUUGCAGUGCCAUCUAAUGGGAACCUUCAGCACAACAGGUGUGAGCUGUGGAACGAGGGAAAGAUGAACGAGGUUUAUAGAACACUUUUAUGUCAGCACAGCAUAGCAGCGCUGCUGUCACACCUUGAGCUGCUGCAGGGUUGGUAG